AUGCCCAUCGCGGUAGCGGGAAAACGUCUCUGCGUCAAUCCCGAUUACAAGUCUUCCCUCUUCACCUACGUGGGCUCCGAUUGUGUAAAGAAAUUUCUCGAAUGGCUCAAUGAACAGAUCGAGGAAGCGCGCAUUAUCGAUUUACAUUGUUCAAAAGACAGUCUUGAACAUAUGUCUUCGCGUGAUUGGAAGAAGUUUGUCUCGCAGCAGCAUUGCGAGAUGUGUGGCAUUGAAUUCACUAUAGGCGUGAAAAAGUGCAUCGACCAUUGUCACUUGCAAGCGGAUCGGAUGCGAUACGUGCUCUCAAAUCUAGUGGAAUUGAUGAAAAACAAAACUAGCACUAUUGUAGACCCGGAAAGUGGGAUGAAGCAGAACCAGAGCGCAUUUCCUCUCCUCUCCGAAUACGUGAAAGGAUCGAGUGAAAUGUACGAUCUUUUGUUGCGCAAGGGUGUCUUUUGCUACGAAUAUCUGGACAGACCAUCAAAACUUCAAGAGAGGCAGCUUCCGCCGGUCGAGGCAUUUUUCGAUUCGCUGAAAAAACAACCCAUUUCAUCGGAGGAUUACGAGCAUGCAACAAAGGUAUGGCGAACAAUGAACUGCAAGACCCUUGGUGAUUAUCUUGUAGUCUAUCUCCAAACAGACGUUUUACUACUAGCCGAUUGUUUUGAGAAAUUUCGUGCCAUGUCCAUGAAACAUUUUCAAUUAGAUCCAGUAAAAUAUAUAUCGGCCCCUCACAUGACAUUCGAUGCCAUGCUCAAAAUGACAAGAGUUCAUAUAGACUUGAUAGAAGACCUGGAGCAAUAUCUGUUUGUCAAAAAAGGCAUUCGUGGAGGUGUCGCUUCCAUUUUCCAACGACGGGCCCACAUAUCUGUUGACGAUGAUGAUGAUGUUGAAGAGAAGGGGGUAUUUUCAGGAGAAGCAGACAAGAAGAGUGGCGCGCAGAUAUUUGCCCUCGACGCAACGAAUCUCUACGGCUACUCCCUCAGUCAAGAUUUACCGCACGGAAACUAUCGCUGGAUCGAGGUUGACGACCCAAACGAAUUUAAUGUUUUGUCUUUGUCAGAUGAUAGCACUACAGGAUACAUACUAGAGGUGGACCUCGAAUAUCCUACUUGUCUACACGAUUCGCACAAUGACUUUCCUUUAGCGCCAGAGAAACUGUGCAUAUGCCCUUCGCAGUGGAGUCCGCUAAUGCAUGUUUUGGCGCGAAAACUAAUGGAUCCCUCACAAAUACGAAGUGCCGCCACCGGAGAAAAACUGAUUCCUCAUCUUGGACCGAGAACAAAUUACAUUGUCUAUCUGAAAAACCUGCUAUAUUAUCUUCAGCUGGGCAUGACGCUGAGCAAAGUGCAUAGGAUUCUGGCUUUCGAUCAGUCGCCUUGGAUGAAAGAUUUCGUCAGCUUCUGCACGGAGCAGAGGAAGGCCGCGGCAAACAAUCCCUUCGAAUCUGACUUUUGGAAAAAAGCGAUUAAUUCUUGCUACGGGAAAUUCCUCCAAGACAAAACAAAGCACAUCAAUAUGAGUCUAGUGUCGGACAAGAGAAAAUUCCUAACAAAAACGAGCAAACCGAAUUUCAAGUCAGUUACCAUUUACAAUAGGAAACUGGUAGGCAUACAAAUGAAACCCCGCAGCAUACUUCUGGAUCGUCCCAUCACAGCGGGAAUGGUCUGUCUCGAAACAAGCAAAAUGAAAUUGUACAAAAUGCACUAUGACUUCAUUAAGCCAUUGUACGGGGACCGGUGCCACCUGUUGAUGACGGACACGGAUAGCCUGCUGUAUUUCUUGGAAGAAUAUGAGGGGAACGUGGACGAGGACUUCUUCGCGAACCGACGCUAUUUCGAUCUGUCUAAUUAUCCGAAAGACUCGCCCUACUUCUGCGAAACGAACAAAAAAGUUCGAGGUACUUUCAAGCGAGAGGAUGCGUGCGAUCCCAUUGUGGACUUUGUUGGUUUGCGUGCCAAAAUGUACAGCACAAGACAUCGGUCGGAGGCAGUCACCAGCAAGGCCAAGGGUUUGCCCAGAUGCGUUAUGCAAAGCAUUGGCUUUGAGCAGUACGAAGAUGCGCUAUACAUGAACACAUCUUCACAAGCGGCACCCAGUACGUGUAAUUUUAAAUCGAUUAGGUCGAAAAAUCUAAAGCUUUAUACAUUAACGCAAGAGAAAAAAGCUUUGUCACCAUUGGACACGAAACGCUGGCUGUGCAAAGAUAACAUUCACACAUUCGCCUUUGGACACUACCGCAUCAAAAACGAGUAA